UUCGGCAUUCCGCAUCCCGAAGUGGAGCGCCUUGAGCUGAGGGAGAGGAAGCUGAGCUACACGGUGGGCACAGUACACGUCAGAUGUCACUUGUCGCCAGCGACAAAUCCGCCGGAUUGGUACGCUCGUGAAUGUGGGCCUUAACGUACGCGACGACGUACCUUUAAGCAGUGGUUGGUGUUUGCAUUUUCAUGAAGUCCGCCUACAGUCCAGUCGGCCGCGGGCACUCGCUUGGAUCGCUCGUGUAACCGUGAUUUUGUUUCCUUCACUCCACCACUUCUAACGUAAUUACCGUGAUGCGAGCAGCUUGGCUCGCGCUGGUGGCAUGUGCCGCCGCCGCCGCCGCAGCCCCCGAGGAGACCGCGGGGGGCGCGGGGGCUCCGGGGUACCUGCUGCCGGGGGACGUCAGGCCCUCGCACUAUGACGUCAUGCUGGCGUUUGACGUUAAUGCCACCAACAAGUUCCCCUUCUUCGGAGUUGUCAGCAUACUGAUAAAAGCCGUCAACCAGACUGACAAGAUAGUCCUCCACGCCAAGGGCUACACCAUAGCUGAGGACAAGGUGCAGCUGUCGGCGGUGGCCGCGGGGGACGCGGGGGCCGCGGGGGACGCGGGGGGCGGGGCACCGGCUGUCACCAAGGUGGAUCUGAAUGAUACAUACAACUUCCUCACGCUCAGUCUGAGCAAGGAGUUGCAAGAAGGCGCCUCGUACCGUCUGACGAUCCCCUUCUCCGGCAACUUGAAGAGCGAGCUGGAGGGCGUGUACAUUAGUGAAUACAAGGAGGAUGGAGUGGACCAAUACCUGAUAGCGACUCAGUUCGAGGCCAUCUCGGCCCGCAAGGGAUUCCCGUGCUGGGACGAGCCGGCCUACAAGGCGUCGUUCACCGUGUCGCUGGGACACGCUCGCGCGUUCACAGCCGUCUCAAAUAUGCCACAGACCAAGAGCAGCAGCGACAACCCUCUGGAGCCGUACUGGCCGUGGAGUAAAAUUGCUGAAACUUUCAAACUAGACUCCCAGGCGUACACGUUCACCCACUUCGCGCAGUCAGUCCCCAUGUCCACGUACCUGGUGGCGUGGGUGGUGUCGCGGUUCCAGCACGUGACCAGCCCCAAGCACCUCGCCAAGCCCGAGUUCAGGAUAUGGGCGAGAAGGGACGCUGUCAACCAGACGGAAUACGCCUCAAUAAUCGGCCCGAAAGUCCUCACAUACUUCGAGGAGUGGUUCGGGGUUCCGUACCCGCUGCCCAAGUCUGACAUGAUCGCCAUCCCUGACUUCGCGGCGGGUGCCAUGGAAAACUGGGGCUUAAUCACAUACAGGGAGACCGCAUUGUUGUAUGACAAGGAGCAGUCGUCGCUCAGCAACAAGGAGCGAGUGGCUGAGGUGAUAGCGCACGAGCUGGCGCACCAGUGGUUCGGCAACCUGGUGACCAUGCGCUGGUGGAGCGACCUGUGGCUCAACGAGGGGUUCGCCACAUACAUGUCCAGCGUGGGCGUGGACGGCGUGGAGUCUACGUGGGGCACGGCGCGAACGGACGCGGCCGCGCACCACGCCGCCGUGCUGGCGCUGGACGCACUCCAGACCUCACACCCGGUUUCGGUCGAGAUUACCGACCCGGCGCGCAUCUCGGAGAUCUUCGACGAGAUCUCGUACCGCAAGGGCGCCGCGCUCGUGCGCAUGAUGAGGAUGUUCCUCGGGGAGGAGGUGUUCAGGAAGGCUAUACACAACUACCUCAUAAAACACUCGUACUCCAACGCGGAGCAAGACGACCUGUGGGCCGAGCUCACGGCCGCGGCGACUGCGCAGGCGCUGCCUCGCGGCGUCACCGUGAAGACAGUCAUGGACUCGUGGACCACGCAGACUGGGUACCCUCUGCUGACGGUGGUCAGGGACUAUGAGGGGCAGACGGUUGGGGUUACUCAGAAACGCUACCUAUCCCUGGGCACCUCCAACUCUUCAGCCUCGUGGUGGGUACCCCUCAAUCUGCUAGUCCCCGGCGCGGGGGGUGCGGGGGGCGCGGGGGGGAGGGACCAGGAGCCCCUGCAGUGGCUGUCCGAAGAAGAGGGCGUGGCCAGUGAGCACAGGUUCAAGCAUGCAGCUAAGAGUAACCAGUGGCUGCUGUUUAAUGCUGAUAUGAUGGCCGUGUACCGUGUGAACUACGACGCUCGCAACUGGCGCCUCCUCUCAGAGACCCUCAACAGCGCCGCCUACCGGGCCGUGCCGGAACUAUCCCGAGUGCAACUUAUUAGAGAUGUCUGCGCUCUCGCCUAGACUAAUGUUGUGGAUUAUGAUACUGCUCUCGGGCUACUCAAGUACCUGCGUAUGGAGACUGAGUACCUGCCGCUGAUGACGGGGCUGUCCGCGCUCGCGCAGAUAGACACCGUGUUGUUGAGGACCCCCGAGUACGGGACCUUCCAGUCGUUCGUCCGCUCGCUGGUGGCGCCGGCGUACGAGCGCGCCGGGGGGCUGUACGCCAAGAGCAUCCGGGAUGAAGACGACAUACUGGCUGUGAAGAUGCAGGUGCUGACGAGUCGCUGGGCGUGCCAGUCCGGGGUGGCGGGCUGUGAGGACAACGCAAUAGAACUGUUCGACCGUUGGAUGGACUCCGACUCACCUGACGAGGAUAACCCCAUCCCCCUAGACCUGCGCUCCACGGUCUACACGGUCGCCGUCGCGCGCGGCGACGCGGGCCGCUGGCGCUGGCUGCUGGCGCGCGCCCGCGCCGCCAACGUGGCCGCCGCCCGUCUCGCCAUGAUGCACGCGCUGGCGAGGACCACCCAGCCGCAUUUGUUGCAGCUCUACCUCACCUGGGCCAUCACGGACGGGUCGGUGGUCCGUCGCCAGGACUCGGCCAUGGUGAUCUCGGCGGUGCUGCGCGCGCCGGCCGGGUUCUACGUGGCGAGGGACUUCUUCUACCAAAGAUACCAGGAUAUACUGAAGGCGUUCUCCGGUCAGGCGCGGCGCGUGGGCUCCAUCAUCAAGACCAUGCUGGAGCAGUUCACCACGCAGCGCGAGCUGGACCAGUUCCUCGAAUGGAAGAAAGAGAACGAGAAGUCGCUGGAGGAGAUCAAGCUGUCGGUGGAGCAAGCCGUGGAGAAGGCGCGGGUGAACAUCGCCUGGCUCGGCCGCAACAAGGACCAGGUCAUCAAGAAACUAGAAGAGUUCGCAGAACCUUGCGCAAAUGUGUUGUGGUGUCGACGCGCGCAUGUGAAGUAUAAAAUCAAGUCUGGUGAAUAUUUGUCACUACUCAAUGUGGACAGAUUACUAUACUUCAGGACUGUAAUGUAGAAAGUGAUGAUAAUUUUAAGUGUAAGCUAUUACCUAAAUUCAACUAAAUUUUUGACUCAAUUAUUUUAAUAACUGUUGUAGACCAAGGGUUUUCGUGAUAUAUAUUUUUAUACUUUUGACUACUGAUUGUACUUAAUGUGUUCUGAUUCUAUUAAUUAAUAUGCUACCUAUUUUAUCCGUCCAGUUUUAUUAUUUAUAUGCAGUCACAAAAAGAAAAUAAAUAUUUUUAAAACAUA